AUGGUGCAUUCCAUUCUGCUCUAUACUUUUCUCGCGCUAAGCGUCUUUCUCUCCCCCGUUUUCGCCGAGGCUCGAUCGCCUGGCUGUGGCAAGCUCCCGAACCUCAGUAAUGGUGUUCACAAGAUCAAUGGUCGCGAAUAUACGCUCAAGGUACCCAGCAACUACGACAAGAACAAGGCAUACCACCUGGUCUUUGGCCUGCACUGGCGCGGAGGAAACAUGGGGGCUGUGGUAAAGGGUGAAGGGGUCCAACCGUGGUAUGGCCUGGAGAAGCGUGCUCAUGGCAGUGCCAUCUUUGUUGCCCCCAAUGGAAAGAGUGCUGGUUGGGCCAAUACUGGUGGUCAAGAUAUUGCCUUUCUUGACGCUAUCAUCAAGGAGGUUGAGAGCAACUACUGCGUCGAUCAAAGCUCUCGGUUCGCGACUGGCUUCAGUUGGGGUGGCGGCAUGUCCUACGCGUUGGCCUGCUCGCGUGCGAAGCAAUUCAAGGCUGUUUCUGUCCUGAGUGGAGGCCUGAUCAGUGGGUGCAGUGGUGGUAAUGAUCCAAUUGCGUAUCUGGCCAUCCAUGGCAUCAAGGAUAAUGUACUGCCUUUUAAUGGAGGCAUUUCCCUGGCCAACAGAUUUGUCAAAAACAACCGCUGCCAUCAAUCCGAGAUUCAUACUCCCAAGUCUGGCAGUCGGAGCUCCGUCCGUACGGACUUCCGAGGCUGCUCCAAGCCAGUCUCAUUCAUUGCUUACGAUGGCGGCCACGACGCUGCGCCUCUUGGGGUUGGAAGCUCCCUGGCCCCGGAUGCCACAUGGAAGUUCUUCAUGGCGGCUUGA